AUGACUGUUGUCGCGAUUUCAGGCGGGGGUUGCGCGCCGGAAGACGUGUCUUUCACUAGGAUCGGAGGCCUCACGUGGGACCAGUGGUCGGCGCGGCUGGCGCUCCCGCUCGUCAACCUGCGGGUGCCGGCUCAGGCCGCCCCGGCCCCGGGCGAGCCCAGCUUCAACUGCCCGGACUGCGGCCGAGUCUACAAACUCAAAUCCUCACUCCGCAACCAUCAGAAAUGGGAGUGCGGCAAGGAGCCCCAGUUCCAAUGCCCGUACUGCGUGUACAGAGCGAAGCAAAAGAUGCAUAUCGCGCGCCAUAUGGAACGAAUGCACCGCGAAGUGCACAUGAAGCCAGAGCAUUACUUCAAGCAGGACAACGUCGACGCCUUUGCACAGUUUUUCUCUCCUUAUAUAAUGGGUUAUGGGAAUCCUGGGUUGAGCAGCAGUAAGGCCGGGUGGACACUGUACGAGUGCGUCGAUUGCGGGAACAAAUACAAACACAAAGGCUCCUUGCAGAGGCACAUAAAGUACGAAUGCCGGAAACAACCUAGUUUCAAGUGUCCCUACUGUGUGUACCGGGCCUAUCAGAAGCACAAUCUCUUGUUGCACGAGCGCCAUCUACAUAAAGACUUGCCGGAGAAAGUGGAUUUCGUGUCGGAAUGA